CUCCCAUGUCCCUCGUUACUCACCGGUCUCGCUUCGCCCCCGGCUGUUGCAACCCUUCUUGUUCCUCUCCCGCUGCUUUUCUCUGCUUCAAGGGUUUCCUUGACUCCCCAUAUCGACUGGUUGAUCUCCAGGCGAUCCGCCCUCGUCUGCUAUCUCUUCGCCUCCCUCAGUUCCGUCACCGGUCACCUCGCUAUCUCCCACUAGCCAACUUCUUAUCUCUUCCUUUCUAGCUUUCACAUCCCACGAUCUUCUAUCUGCGAUCGAUUUGAGUUUUUUCUAGCUUGGAAAUGUUCUUCCAGAAAGUGUUUUGUUUUAGGCUUCUUGUUAACAUGCUUAAAGUUGAUCCUGCAAUAUCUUAAUGGUUGAUCUCUAGCCACUAGCACGUGAGGAGCACAACUAAAUUCACUAGUUUUAAUGUCUCUGCGACAUCUCCAGAGGCGUGGAACAGCUCUUCUUCGAGAUGGUGGACUACUCCAAGUGCUGCGCUCAGAGAUCAACUACGAGCUCUCCUCUUCCAGCGAAUCCUCUUGCGGUCAUGGGGUGGGGAGUGAGGUUGAAGGCUUCAUGCUAGAAUGGACUGAACUGCGGACACAGGAUGUUGUCCUUCGACGUCAACCUGACCACGUAUUUUGUGAGGAGAUUGCAGUGUCAGCAUUGCUUGCGCCAUUGCAGUUUCGAGAUAAGGAUCCACUCCCCAGGGAUGUCUUGAUGAAGGUCUGUAUUAAGAAGGCAGGGUAUGACUCAGUGUUGCACUACGAUUGCCGUGCCUUCCGUUGCGAUAAAGACCAACUGUUGCCAUGGACCACAAUGGAUACUAAUGAUGGUGGCAUUGGUAGUGAUUUUACCAUUAGAAAGGCUUAUUGUUCUUCAUCAGUGGAUUAUUUGGGAAAAUGCAAGUCUGUGGGACCCAUAUUCAGUUCUUUGGACCCUCAAUUACAGAAGGCACUCAAAGACUAUCUUGUGGUCAGAGGGAUCACUCCAAAGCUGACCAACUUCCUCCUCGAACACUUGCACAGAAAGGAGCAUAGCCAGUAUGUGAAUUGGCUGCGCACCAUGGAGGGCAUCGUUGCCAAGUGAGGCUUCGUACUGCUGCUGAGAUAUUCUGAAAGGUUGAGUUGUUCCAAUUCUAGUGCUUUCCUUUUUCUCAUCAUUGUCUAGGUAGAUGAAUUUUAUUGCAGCAGGCAAUUCAAGUGUCUUUUGCAGCUUAAAGAAUGCUUAUCAAAAAGACAAGAUUACUACUUUCGAAAGAAGCUACCUUUCAUCUUA